AUGGCAGUGAGAGGACUGACCAUAGAUUCCCAUUUUAUAGUUGAUAGUGAUGAGAAUGGGAUGGUGUAUGGAAUGACACAACACCAUGUAAUUCAGCAUCAUCACUCUAAUCAUUUCAUUCAGCCUAACUAUUUGCAAGCUCCAUUAGAGAAUACAAGAAUGGGUAUCCGAAGAAGGCAUCGCCACGUAUUUCACCAUCGGCAUCACCAUGUGCAAGAGAUCAGAGGGCAUUCCAACUUUCACUCCCAUGUUACUGUUCCAUCGUAUAGAGCUCCAACAACAACUCAUCAUUCAAGAACUUCUUCAAUACCGAUACAAAAUGCACCUCGCAGAGCCAACAUGCAUAGUUUGCAUCCUCCCGCAUUUCGUGAACUUCCAUCAUAUUUGGUCAUGGACGCCGAUGACAUGUCAUACGAGACAUUUUCUAAUAUGCAGGAAUCUUUUUCAUUAGAUGACCCUCAAAGUGAUAUGCGCUUGGACAUCGAUGGCAUAUCAUAUGAGGAGCUUCUUGAGUUAGGUGAAAGGCUUGGCAAUGGCAAUGGAAAUUUAGAAAGGGGUUUGUCGGAAGACGUUAUUACAAGACAAAUGCCGACAAAAUCUUUUCUACUACCUGAGAACUUAGAGGGGUCAACUUCUGAGGAUCGAGAAACUGAUCUUUGCAUAAUAUGCCAGGAUGACUAUAAGAACAAGGAGGAGAUCGGUAUUCUUCAAUGCGGACAUGAAUACCACGCAGAUUGUAUAAAGAGAUGGUUAAUUCAGAAAAAUAUUUGUCCCAUGUGCAAAUCAAAAGCAUUGACUAUCGAAUAGAGAGGGAAAUUAAAAUCGCAUAAUUCAUAUUUU